GCAAGUUGAGCGGAUCCAACGCGCGUUAUUCUAUUUCAGAUCGCGCCGUGUUUCACGGGCUCGACCUGAACGGAUUUAGGAAGCAAGCGGCUGCUGUCUCGAGAUUCGCUGGUUCCUAAACGUCCUCUUCACGAAUUCGUCCGCACCAGAGAAGCUACUCGAGAUCUUCGAUCGGACAUGUCGGCUUGACAUCUAUAGCUUGAAUCCCGAUCGCUCGAGUGCCGCUCGGAUCCUAAUAUACCCUUGUUGCGGCGAUCCCGUUCCUCAUCAACCAGUCGCGAGCCGCCGUGCCGCCGUGCCUCUAGAUUCAGCCAUGUCCCCUUACGCCCUUCUCCCCUCCGGCCUGCAUCGUAUAAUUCCUCAUCCGUCCACCCGUGCUCGUCACACCCCCUUCCGCUCGUCUCCGUCUCAACCCCGUCCCCAAUCAUCCACCACUCGUUCGCGGAUAACGAGGCUAGCGGAUUUUGAGUCUAGCGGGCUAGCGAGUCGGGUGAGUCCGAGUCUGCUGAGUCAACGGGCCGUUGACUGUCUAGCCCCGCCGCGAAGAGGGCGAUUCGUCGCGCCGUUUAACGCGCCCCGCCGGGUAAACGCGCCGCCCAGCGGCGAUCGUUUCUGCCUCCGAUACAAUCCGUCCCGUUUGAGCGCAACGGCCACGCGGUAUAGCCACGUCCCACGCUGUGCCAUGGCCAAACUGCCAAACGCUGCUGCUCCCCGCUCCCGCUCCCCUCCCCGCCGCUGCGCCUCCGCCGCCCCCGCUUCUUCCGCCUCCGCCUAUCGCACGCGCAAGGGGGGCAAAAGUUUAAGAACUCGGGCAGGUGAUAAAAACAUCAAGGGGGAAAGGUUGGAGGAGGAAGGAGCGACGCGGAAGGAGGAUGGGAGGGAAGGGGGGCAGGCGGAGGAGGAGAAGGAGGGGAAGGAGCGGGGGAGAAUACUGGCAGAGUUAGCGGGAAGGAUAAAGGUACUUCGGGGGGAUGAGGCUGAAGCGUCCUUAAAGGCUUUUUUUGAUGGUGGGAAAGAAACGGCAGGUAAAGAGACGGAAGCGGCGGGGCAGGUGAGGGGAUCGGAUGUGACUGCAACGGGGGAGAAGAACGGCGAGAAGGACGGGCAGGGCGGGCAGGAUGUGAUUAUAGGCGGGCAGGUGGUCCGUGUGACGCAAGAGGACAUCGAUAUAGCGGAGAUGAUCGACGCGCUUGAGAUGGCGUUUGAAAAGCUAGAGGAAGAAAGAGAUGCUGGUGAUGGUGAUGGUGAUGGUGAUGGUGAGGAGAAGGGGAGAGGGAAGGGGAAGGGAAAAGGAGAGAGGGAGGGGAAGGGGGAGGAGGAGCGGGGGGGAAAGCUGGACGGGAAGGGGGAGGGGGAGGGCAAAGCGGAAGCGGCGAAAACGGAGGGGAAAGACGGGGGGAAGCGGGAGGAGGGACGGGUGGAGGGGGACGAGGACGCAGACACCGAGGAAAUGGAGUACGAUAUAGAAAUAGACCUUGGGGAGCUAUGGCGAGACGUGGUGGUGCGCUGGCUGCUCUCCUGGAACCUAGGCGCGUCGUGGGAGGGCGACGUGCAGACUCUGACGGCGCUCUUAGAAGAGCUAUAUACUAACGAGGUUUUGGUGAUGACACAGGAGAGGGCGAAUGAGGCCAUGGCGGCCGCAGUGCGCGCCGGCACGAGGGUCUUCAGGGCGAAUCUGGAGAGAGAACUCGUUUGGUAUGAUGCGGAUGGGAAGGUUGUGACUGAAUGGACCGACGAGCGAGUGAGUGUCUACGUGGCCGGGACGCUUAGCCUGCUUUUGGAUAUUUCUAUCGAUGGGAAUACUGUACCGGCCUUCCCGCCCGCUGCUUUGAACUGGCUGGACGAGAGGGAUUUGCGGUCGGAAAUCUUCGGGCCCGGGGCAGCGGUGGACAUUGUUACGUGCGUGCCCGGGCCGUUUGGCGGUAAAGUUUUCGCGUUUGAGCUGCCCGAGGGGAGAGAGGCAGGGGAGGUGUACGCAGCUCUAGAUGCCCGGCUAAGAAAAAGGUUUCCAGGGCUCGAGGUCUCGUUAGACUCCAUGCAAUAUGCGAUGGAUGUGGGAGACGAUAUGUUCAAGGGAGGGGGGGAUGGGUCCGGGGGAGAGAACGACAGAGAGGGAGGGUGGGGCGGGGGGGGAGGAGGAGGAGACGGAGGGGGAGGAGGAGGGAAUUGGAACGAGUGGGAUCAAUUCCAAACGGGCAACGCACCCACUUUCUACAACGCGGGAGCGGCUUUUAUCGUCCGGAGAGACGUGUUCCUCCAGCCGGGGCUCCCCCUCGCAGUCACUGCCUUUGCCUCAGCCUUCACUCUCCUCUCCCUCAAAUCCCUCCUCCAGCCAGACUUAGCCCUCUCUUCCCCCUCAGAUCUCGCCUGGGCGCUUCUGGGCCUAUACGCGGGAGUAUCCGCCACUGCUGCCGCCACCAUCGCAGCGCAGUACCUCUGGGCUUGGUCGUAUCGAAAGGAGUCUGACAAGCCUCCCUCACCGCUCUUCUUUUUGCCGCUCUUUGCUCCUGAUGUCGGUCUUGUCACUCUAGUGACUCAGAUCGUUGCUCCGAUUCCCUCCCGCACUGCCCUCCUAGAUCUCACCCUUCUCUCCUCCUCCGCCUCCAUCCUCGCCUCCUUCGCUCUUCUCCAAGCCUCCGCCGCGUUCCCCUUCCCCCCCGCGCCCUUCUCCUUUCCCUCCGACCUUUCCUCUUUAGGGUUCGACCCCGCGGUUUCCAAAGUAGCGGCAGCGGCGGCGGCGGCGGCAUCAGCAGCAGGGGGGUCUGUUCCAGGGGUUAUCCCGGUAAACCCGGGGCUUCUGCAACAUUCUGCACUGCUACAUGAAUUGCUGAUUCGUCUCUCGACAACGGUAAUCAGGACUCCUGAUCCUGCCCAAGUCCAGGCAGCUGCAGAGGCAGCAGCAGCGGCGGCGGUGGCGGCGGCAGCAGCAGCAGAAGCAGCAGCAGAGUCUGCAGCAGCAACCGCAGCGGCAACCGCAGCAGCAGCAGCAGGGGCGGCUGCAGGGGCGGCAGACGCAGCGGCAGCGGCAGCUGAUGCAAUAGCAGCACUGGCUGCAAGCUCAGGGCUCACAAAUUUCAACAGUGAAAUCGCAUCCUCCUUUGCUUCUAGCGUUCUCAACACAGCCAGCGGCAGCAGCAGCAGCAUCACAACCACCACUAGCACUAUCACCAGCGGCAGCGGCGGCGGCGGGGAGGACAUCAUUGCGACGAUUAGCGCAGCUGCUGCUGACAUCAGCAAUACCAUCUUAGCCACAGCCAGCAGCAGCAGUAGCAGUGUUGAAACCCUAGUCAUCCACCCUCUGGCGUUGGCCGGGCUCCUCGGGCUACAUUUCUCAGCCAUCUCCCUGCUCCCGGCUGUCGGCCUCCCAGGGGGGGAUAUCCUCUACUCUCUCUUCCGCGACCCAGUCGUGCUCUCUCUCGCAACCACCACUGUCACUAUCCUCCUCCUCUUCUCCAUCCCACUCAACUUCUCGUGGGUCUGGCCGCUGCUCUUCCUCCUCCUGCCGCUGCUCGCCCUUGCCAAGAUCAAGAGACCAGUGUCGGAGGCGAUCACGGCCCCGGACCCUGUGCGAGCGUGUCUGGGGGUGGGGCUGCUGCUGGCAGGGGUGGCGGUGAUUCUCCCUGCACCGCUGUUUGAGCUUGUGUUUGGGGGGCCGGCUGGGCCCGUGGCAGAGCAGAUCCUGAUUUCCCUGGGGCUGGUGUGAGGGGCGUGGGUGGGUGGGUGCAUUGUUUGUGUGGGUCUACUUGUGUGGUUUCAGCAGGAGAGAUGAGGAGUCUCUGGGGUGAGGGUGGCACCAGUUACUGGUAGUACCGUAGCAGGUAAAUGCUUGUGAAAUGCGGUGCAGGGAUGGUGCGAACGAAGAGCUCUUCAAUCGUGGUAAACAGAAUGAUACCCCUGAGGCGAAGAGGUGAGGGAAGGUGAGGUACUGUAGCAAUGGAUGGAAUAAUAGGUGUAAGGCGGCAUUUUGAAAUCAAGUAAUUUUAUGCAACUGUUGACCAUUAGCUG